ACGAACUCAACCAGCCAGGACAUUUUCAAACAAAACUUCAUUUUUUUAUUUAUUUUUUUGCUGUCAUGCGCACUUGCAACUUGGGUGUUGUUGACGUUUUCACCUCGGAGCGGGACGAUGCUUUUAUUCGGAUGAUGAUGAUGAUGCGCUGUCGUGCACAAUCCAACCAGCGCUCGUUCCAUCUCUGAGGAUCCAACCCAGCCUUUUUUUGUAUUUUUUAUUUGUUACUUUCCUUACCUUAAAACCUUGUUUUUUUUGCCCCCCCUCUUGACGAUAGCAGGCUGCUAUUAAUUUUUCAUUCGUAUGCAUCUGCACGAAGGUGGCAGCAGAGGGGAGGAGGAGGAGGAGGAGGAGCAGCAGCGUGCAAAUAAGUGAGGCGGGACGUGCGGCAUGAAUGAAUGAAUGCAUGAAUAAGACGCGCAGCCAGCAUCCGACAUAAAGCAUCACUGGACGAGAAGGAGGUUGACCAACUUCUCGGUUUAUGGCCACACCCUUCUACUGUCCAGGUUGUUGUGCACAAAGAGGAUAUACGCUGAAGAAGUCAUCACCUGUGCCUUGCUGACCACCUUCAGCAUCCAUCAUGGCCUGGAUCGCCUUGCUGUGCACUGUGGCCCUCAGUAACGUGGCCCUGUCCUCGCAAGCCCUGAGCCGCUCGAUGAUGCCCUUUGGCUUGAUGCGGCGGGAGCUGGCGUGCGAAGGCUACCCCAUCGAGCUGCGCUGCCCCGGCAGCGACGUCAUCAUGAUCGAGACGGCCAACUACGGACGCACCGACGACAAGAUCUGCGACGCCGACCCCUUCCAGAUGGAGAACGUGCAGUGCUACCUUCCUGAUGCCGUCAAGAUCAUGUCUCAGAGGUGUAACAACCGCACCCAGUGUGUGGUGGUGGCGGGCUCCGACGUCUUCCCAGACCCAUGCCCUGGAACUUACAAGUACUUGGAGAUCCAGUAUGAGUGUGUUCCUUACAUCUUUGUGUGUCCGGGGACGCUGCUUCGAGUGCAGGCGCCCAGCUCUUUGCAGGAGGCGGAGCACCAGGCGGGGGCAUGGUGCAAGGACCCGCUUCAGUCCGGGGACCGCUUCUACGUCAUGCCCUGGACCCCCUACCGCACCGACAUGCUGUUUGAGUACGCCUCCUGGGAGGACUUCAAACAGAGCCGAGUCACCACCACCUACAAGUUGCCAAACCGAGUGGACGGCACGGGCUUCGUGGUGUACGACGGCGCCGUGUUCUACAACAAGGAGCGCACGCGCAACAUCGUCAAGUACGACCUGCGCACGCGCAUCAAGAGCGGCGAGGCCAUCGUCACCAACGCCAACUACCACGACACCUCGCCGUAUCGCUGGGGCGGCAAGUCCGACAUCGACCUGGCGGUGGACGAGAACGGCCUGUGGGUGAUCUACGCCACCGAGUCCAACAACGGGCGGCUGGUGGUCAGCCAGGUGAAUCCGUACACGCUGCGCUUCGAGGGCACCUGGGAGACGAGCUUCGACAAGCGGCUGGCGUCCAACGCCUUCAUGGCGUGCGGCGUGCUCUACGCCGUGCGCUCGGUCUACCAGGACGACGACAGCGAGGCGGGCGGAGACCUGCUGAUGUACGCCUACAACACCAACCACGGCCGCGAGGAGGCCGUCAACAUCGCCUUCCCCAACCCGUACCAGUACAUCUCCUCGGUGGACUACAACCCCCGGGACAACCAGCUCUACGUGUGGAACAACUACAACGUGCUGCGCUACCCGCUGGAGUUCGGACCGCCGGACCUCACCACGGGUCCUCUGACCACCACACAAGUGACCACCACUCUCCCGGCUCGGCCCUUUACCACCAGCACCAGCCCCUCCACAACUCGCCCCGUGGCCCCCACGCUGCGCCCGGUCAGCUCUGUCAACAACAACAACCACCGCCACCAGCACCCCAGCCCGGACCUUCGAGCCAUCACGGCCACCGUGCCCAUCACCCGCUGGACCCCCCAGUCCUCGCAGGGCCCCCACGCCUGCGAAACCAAGCUGGUGCGCGGCGUCCAGUGGCCCACCACCCUGAGAGGGGAGACGGUGGACCGGCCGUGUCCCAAAGGAUCUCUCGGCAUCGCUUCCUUCCAGUGUUUGGCCGAGAAGGUGGCGUGGAACCCGCGUGGUCCUGACCUCAGCAACUGCACUUCCCCGUGGGUCAACCAGGUGGCCCAGAAGAUAAAGAGCGGGGAAAACGCCGCCAACAUCGCCAUGGAGCUGGCCAACCACACGCGAGGGCGGGUCCAGGCGGGGGACAUCAGCUCGUCGGUGCGACUGAUCGAGCAGCUGCUGGACAUCCUGGACGCUCAGCUGCAGUCCCUCAGGCCCGGCAACAAGGAGUCGGCGACACGCAACUACAACAAGUUCCAGAAGCGAGAGCGCACCUGUCGGGCCUACAUCCAGGCAGUGGUGCAGACGGUGGACAACCUCCUCCGGCCCGAGGCGCUGGACUCCUGGCAGGACAUGAACAGCACGGAGCAGGCGCACACCGCCACCAUGCUGGUGGACAUCCUGGAGAAAGGCGCCUUCCUGCUGGCCAACAACAUGUAUGGCAGCCGCUUCUCCGACCGAGCGCCCAACAUCGACCUGGAGGUGCACGUCCUGAACACGGAGAUGGACCUGCAGAGUUUGUCCUUCCCGCUCAGCGACGGCAACGACAGCACCAUCCAUCUGUCGGCGUCCACCAUCAAGCAGUACAGUCGUAACGGGCAAGUCAAGGUGGUCUUCAUCCUGUACAAGCACCUGGGCGCCUUCCUGUCCACCGAGAACGCCACCGUGAAGAUGGACGCCCACUCUGGCCACGCUCGGCGGCGCCUGGCCGUCAACUCUCACGUCAUCUCCGCCUCCAUCAACAAAGAGUCCAGCCGGGUGUUCCUCACCGAGCCGGUGGUCUUCACGCUCAGACAUCUCCAGUUGGAGAACUACUUCAGCCCAAACUGCUCCUUCUGGAACUACUCUGAGCGCACAAUGACUGGCCAGUGGUCCACGCAGGGCUGCAGGCUGCUGGACACCAACAACACCCACACCACCUGCUCCUGCAGCCACCUCACCAACUUUGCCCUGCUCAUGACUCACCAUGACAGCGACUUCCAGGGUCAGAUGCAGGAGCUGAUCCUGCUGGUCAUCACCUGGGUGGGCAUCGUCAUCUCGCUGGUGUGUCUCGCCAUCUGCAUCUCCACCUUCUGCUUCCUGCGCGGCCUGCAGACCGACCGCAACACCAUCCACAAGAACCUCUACGUCAACCUCUUCAUCGCCGAGCUGCUCUUCCUGGUCGGCAUCGACAAGACCGACUACCUUAUCGCCUGUCCCAUCUUCGCCGGACUCCUGCACUUCUUCUUCCUGGCUGCCUUCUCCUGGAUGUGCCUGGAGGCCGUGCAGCUCUACCUCAUGCUGGUGGAGGUGUUCGAGAGCGAGUACUCCCGCAAGAAGUACUACUACCUGUGCGGCUACUGCUUCCCCGCGCUGGUGGUGGGCAUCUCUGCGGCCGUCGACUACAGGAGCUACGGCACCAAGAAAGCAUGCUGGCUGCGAGUGGAUAACUACUUCAUCUGGAGCUUCAUUGGGCCCGUUUCAUUCGUUAUUACGCUCAACCUCCUCCUGCUGAUCAUCACGUUACACAAGAUGAUUCGAAACUCGUCGGCGCUCAAGCCUGACUCCAGCCGCCUGGAUAACAUCAAGUCUUGGGUCUUAGGGGCCAUCACCCUGCUGUUCCUCUUGGGGCUGACGUGGGCCUUCGGCCUCAUGUUUAUCAACCAGAACUCUCUCAUCAUGGCUUACCUCUUCACCACCUUCAACGCCUUCCAGGGCAUGUUCAUCUUCAUCUUCCACUGCGCUCUGCAGAAGAAGGUCCACAAAGAGUACAGCAAAUGCCUGCGUCACUCGUACUGCUGCAGCCGCGCGUCCACCGCCAGCGCCCACGGCUCCAUGAAGAACUCGGGCCUGCGCGCUAACAACCGCUACUACAGCGGCACUCAAGCGCGCCAUGCGGCGGUCCACAGACAGAGUCGUAUCCGCAGGAUGUGGAAUGACACCGUUCGGAAGCAGACGGAAUCUUCUUUCAUGGCGGGGGACAUCAACAGCACGCCCACGCUCAACAGAGCAGCCAUGGGGAACCACCUUCUGGCAAACCCCGUGUUGCAGACUCGUAGCGGAACAUCUCCUUACAACACCUUACUGGCUGACAGCUUCACCCCGUCCUCACCCUCACCUGGUGUCUUCAACUCUACCGGAACUUUCCGAGACCCGAAAAGCACGUCCAAGAACCGCGACCCGUGCGGGAUGGAGACCCUGCCUCUGAACGGCAACUUCAACAACAGCUACUCCCUGCACACUGCUCCUGGGGGCGGGGGCAGCUGUGACUUCCUAAGCGGCGGGGCCCGGGAGAGCCCCCCGCCUCUUCUCAACCCCCGCGGCUCAGAGACCCUGGGCGGUGGCGGCGGCGGCGGAGGUGUCCGGCGCAAUCUCUCCGAUGCCGCCGCCUUCGAGAAGAUGAUCAUCUCCGAGCUCGUGCACAACAACCUGAGAGGAGGGAACGCGGGAGGGGACGGGAGCCUGGCCCGGGGGCAUCGGGGAGGAGCCACGGGGGCCGGGCCGGAGACGGGCGCAGACCAAGAUGAGGACUUUGGUCGUCAGCGCACCCCGCAGGAUGUGGAGCUGCUUUACAAAGCUCUGGAGGAGCCGCUGCUGUUGCAACGCGCCCAAUCGGUCCUCUACCAGAGCGACCCGGAGGAGUCGGAGAGCUACACGACCAACCUCACUGAGAGUCUCGGCCCCAGCGGGCAGGGCGGCACCAGGGCGCCCGAUUCGCCGGCUCGUGACUCCUUAUACACGAGCAUCACCAACCUGCGAGACUCUCCCUACCCGGACAGCAGUCCCGAGCCGCUGGAGGUGGUGCCGCGAUCGGCCCAGCCCCCCGAGGAACUGUACUACAGUUCUGGGAGGCCCGCCUGGGGCUCCCGAGGGGCCCCCAUGCAGACCUUCUACCAGGCCCCGCUGCGGCAACCGAGCGGGGACCAGCAGGUUCAGGAGCCAACCCACAACGAGGGGGACGGACAGAUGCAGCUGGUCACCAGCCUGUGACCACCGGCCCAGAGAAGACACCGAAGGUCCUGGCGUCUCUUCGCCUCCCGCUCGUUUGGUUGCCUUUUCUUCUCUUGAGCAAACAUUCACCCCCAGGGGGGAGUCACCACUCACUUAGCUGAAGAAGCCUUUGACUAUUUAAGGAGCGUUGAUCCGAGUCCUUCCCGGUUCCUUUGGUACCUUAAGGCCAAGUCCAGCACUCUGAAUGUACCGACCCCCACCCUUCUUUACCUUUCGGAACUUUGUUACGACAACCAAUAUCAUUUUGUAUUUGCUCCUUUGCCCUUUGGUACCAAUCGUCCUUUGAUAGCUAGCCGCCGUGGCGACGCGUGGAGUCGUGUAGGUUGCUGUUAGAAGUUCAAAAUGUCUCUUCAUUGUUGCCAAAAAAACUUCUUUUAUUGAGCCAGAACACGGACACAGACUUUUUUCCAGAAGUGCUCGUUAUUGAACAGUUUCACCUGGAAGACAAUUCCGUGGAGUUGCCUUUGUUUCCUUUUUGGGGGGAUGCCAGCCACCCCCCAGAACUUUUCCCCCGCUCCGCCUGUUUGCUAAAAAGUGACAUGACUGCCUUGCUAUGGUUUUUGCUGAGGGUGUUGCAUCCCGGGUGGAGGUCCUCCUGUGUCUGCUGUUAGAACAUAGCCAGCUGAAGUGGACUUGUUUCCUGUGUGUGGUUGUGACCCACGGCACUAUAACGCGUGUACAUAAGAACCACUUUAUUCCUAACUACCGUGUAAAUAAAUAGGGGACGCCGGUUGUUCAAAAGCGCUACGACGGAUGACUUCUUGUUCUUGCAACGAAACGGUAAAAUAAAAAUGUUUCUUUUUGGAAGGGAGUUCAAACGAAACGCUCCGUCUUUGUCUUCCGAGGCGCUCAGUCGGUGACUCGUGCUUCAUGUCAGCGCCGUCACAUUAUUAUUGCUCUCUUCUGUGCCUUUUUCCACACAGCCAGCCGGCAAAGCGAAGGAUGACGCUGCAGCUCCAAGACAGCAGG